GCCAUAUCCUGAGACUAUGACUCUAUAGAUGAUGAGAUGAUGAGCAUAACCAGCAUCGCAUAGCAUGAAUUCUGCUGCAUGAAUUCUCCGGCAGCAACGGCCCGAAACACUGGGCAGCAUAGAUGAAGCCAAGAUGAUGCAGCCUUGACGAGGGUGAGCGCUGACCAGGGCAGUGGUCACUGGUCAGUGAUCACCUAAUUCCGUGGACCGGAAAGGACGGCAAGCUGGGCCAUCCAAUGUCAUCUAUAUACGAUUCUACUUUACCCAGGGAUUCGUCGUACCCUCCUGGUGACGAAUGAAGCAGAAUGAGAUUCCUGUGACAGGGCCCGUAUACAUCCGUAACAUCCCUCGGUACUCCUACAACGUCAUCGGAGGCAACACGAACAAAAUAAAGUCAAAUCCUCCCUGCAACAGAGCCUGGCACUCACCCACAUCAUAACAUCAUGGGCCUCAUCGACAAGCUCAAGGGUAGGAGCAGCAAGGACGAGGCAGACGUCAAUGGCAAGCAUAGGCGCUCCUCUUCCCUCGGCAGGCGCAAGUCUCUCGAGGGAAAACCACCCAACAGAACAGCAGGCGAUGUACCACAGCUGCCACCGUUGUCAGACAGACCCGAGGCAGUGUACAGUGUCGAGGGUGCCGGGGGUAUGGCAGGCACAGGGAAAGGAAAAGACAAGGAUGUUGCAGGCGUAGCGCGUGGACUGGAGCAAACACAUUUGACCACUCACACAAGCACGCCGACGAGACCUGCGUACGACGAGCGCAACUUGACAAACACUCCUUUCAACCCCGAUACAUUCCUCGGCGGCAAGGAAUCCACCACGGAUUACGAGCAACAACUCGUGACGCCGAUUGUGCAGGAAACCAUUCGGCCGCACGUCGAAGAAACCAUCAUCCCGGUCUUCAAGCGCGAACACCACGUCAUCCACCAUCAAACACGCAUCCAACCAGUCCUUGAGCAAGUCGUGCUUCCUGCGAAACACUAUGUCAUCAUCGAUGGCAAGAAACAUGAAAUCUUGCCAGAGGCAGUCACGCAGUAUGUCCUCAAAUCGCGCGACUAUAUCCCCAUGCAAAUCAAGCCAAAAGUCAUUGUUCGCGAGUACGUGGAUUCUGAACCCCUCGUGGGUCCGAUCCUCGGGGUUGGCGCAUCGCUUGUGAAUAAAGAUGUCAUGGUGGAGCAUCAACGCAAAAUCAACGAGAGCUAUGUCGUGGAUAAGCUUCACCCACAACCCAUUCCAACGUCUGUUCCUGCUACAGAAUCGGGUCAUGGCGCUUCGAUGCCUGUGACGCAAGUCGUGGGCAGCAGCAAUGGACUGAGCAAAGAACAGGAAGAUGCACACCGGCAUGCCUCCAUCAAGGAAAAGUUGUUUGGCAGCAAAACUGCCAAUAAGCAUGAACCUGCGCGUGCGUGAGGUCGUCUUUCCAUGUUUCCCAUGUAUCCUGUAGCAUGCACUGUAUAAAUAUCCUCAUUGAUGCCUGAUUAGACUGUCUAUUUGACCUUUCCCUCAACUUUU